CGGUGUGGGGCCGUUACUCGCUCCGUGUGACGCUCUCAGCAGCCCCGCCGCCAUCGGAGUCGCCGAUAGGGAGGGCUGGAGAGCCGGUCUCUUGGAGGCGCUGCUGUAUCCUUCCCGUCUCGGCUGCGGCCUGCGGAAUGGAGCUGUGCGCGGGCAGGCAAAGCCCGGCGGGAGCCUUCAGCCGCCUGGCGGCUGCAGUCUACUCUCCUCGGUGGCCCUGUGUCCCUAGUGCAAGCUGAUGAAGGCGCGGACUCUGCUAUGGUUCUGCUUGUUUUAAGAUCUCCUUCUGCAAGCCCUUUGGCUGAUGUCCUCCACUCCUGGCUCGUACUUGUACACGGGCGAGCAUACUGUUGUCACUCCGAUUUUAUUACUAUGCAGCUGUGUAAAAAGACCAGGUAUCAUGUUCAAUACUGGAAUUGGCCAGCACAUCCUGAAAAAUCCCCUCAUUGUUAACAACAUUAUAGAGAAGGCUGCCUUACGGCCCACAGAUGUUGUCCUUGAAGUAGGACCUGGAACUGGUAACCUGACAGUAAAAAUGCUAGAGAAAGUUAAAAAGGUAAUUGCUUGUGAACUUGACACACGACUUGUGGGUGAACUUCAGAAGAGAGUCCAGGGCACAUGCCUAGCAAAUAAACUAGAAAUAAAGGUUGGAGAUGUGUUGAAAACUGACUUACCAUUCUUUGAUACGUGUGUGGCUAACUUGCCUUAUCAGAUUUCUUCACCUUUUGUUUUCAAGCUGUUGCUACAUAGACCUUUUUUCAGGUGUGCAAUACUUAUGUUUCAGAGAGAAUUUGCUCUUCGUUUGGUUGCAAAACCAGGAAAUAAACUAUACUGCAGACUUUCAAUUAACACUCAGUUAUUAGCCCGUGUGGAUCAUCUAAUGAAAGUUGGAAGGAAUAAUUUCAAGCCUCCACCCAAAGUUGAAUCCAGUGUUGUCAGAAUAGAGCCAAAGAACCCUCCACCACCUAUUAAUUUUCAGGAAUGGGAUGGUCUAGUAAGGAUAGCCUUUGUCAGGAAAAACAAGACACUUUCUGCAGCAUUUAAAUCAAGUGCGGUGCAGCAGCUGCUGGAUCAGAAUUAUCGAAUUCACUGUUCUAUACAUAACAUUGAAAUACCAGAAGAUUUCAAAAUUGCGGAGAAAAUACAGAUGGUUCUAAAAAAUACAGGUUUCUCUGAAAAACGGGCUCGCUCAAUGGAUAUAGAUGACUUCAUUAGAGUGCUGCAUGGCUUCAAUUCAGAAGGCAUCCAUUUUUCAUAAAUGGCUGACUAGGGAGCAUUUUACAUUUUCUGGGAAGAACGGAAAUGAGACAUGGACCAAGGUGUUCAUAGAAGAAGAACUCUCAUGUUGAGAGCAAUCACCAGCAUACAAAGUACAUCUGACUGUUUUGCAAUAACUGCUCAGAAGUACUUGUUUGAAGACGCUAGCUGUAAAGGUGCUGUGUUGCAUUUUAAAAUUGUAACUGUCAAGACUGAAGCUCUGUACCUUUUUUUCCCGCAUCAGAGCAUUUUUUUAAAUGUACCCUAUGAUAUGGAGUGACCCCAAAUUAAACCUUUCCCUCCCUGACUUUGCACCUUCUUCUGCCAUUACAACAUUCAGACCUCUGUUUGUUCGGCCAUCACAGAACUAUUUAUAGAUGCCCAUUCCUGGAAGUUUAGAAUAAAUUAACUUUUUAAAAAGA